AUGAACUUCCUUUAUACAGUAGUUGUAAUUUUAAAAUUAAUAACAGUUCUAGCUAUAUUAAAUAUAACAUUAGCUAGUACUAAUGAUAAUUUUAAACAAAUACCUACACAAUUACGUCUUGUUGAAGAUUUACUUGAAAUGUAUGAUAAAAAAUCUAAACCAACAUGGAAUAAUGAUGAUCCAAUAAAUGUUACAUUUAGUAUGGAUUUAUAUCAAAUAUUAGAACUUAAUGAACCUCAACAAUAUAUUCUUUUAAAUGCAUGGAUAAUUGAGAGUUGGUAUGAUGAAUUUUUAUAUUGGGAACCUACAAAAUAUGGUAAUAUAAGUGAAAUAAGAUUACCUCAUGAAAAUAUAUGGUUACCAGAUACAACAUUAUAUAAUUCUUUGGUAAUGAAGGAUGAUGAUACAAGAAGAUUAUUAAAUGCAAAAUUAACAACAAUUCCAGAAAAAAAAGCUGUUCAUAUACAAUUAUUAUAUCCAACAAUUUAUAAAUUUUCAUGUUUAUUAAAUUUAAAAUAUUUUCCAUUUGAUACACAGGUAUGUACUAUGGUAUUUUCAAGUUGGACUUAUGAUAAAGAAGGAAUUGAUUAUUAUCCUAAAAAUGAUAAUAUUGGUAUAAGUAAUUAUCUUGAAAAUGAAGGAUGGUAUUUAAUAAAAGCAACGGCAAAAAGAAUUGAAAAAAAAUAUAAAUGUUGUCCUAAUAAAUAUGCCAUUCUUCAUUUAACUUUUUAUUUAAGAAGAAAACCAUUAUUUUAUUUAGUUAAUUUGAUUAUACCAACAAGUAUCAUUACAUUAAUUGCUUUAGUUGGAUUUUUUACAACAUCAUCAGCAAGUGGUGAAAGAGAAGAAAAAGUAUCACUUGGUAUAACAACACUUCUUUCAAUGUCAAUUUUAAUGUUAAUGGUUAGUGAUCAAAUGCCAACAACAAGUACAUUUAUCCCAUUAAUUGGUUGGUUUAUACUAGGAAUGAUUAUAAUAAUUUCUAUGGGUACAUUAGCAUCAAGUGUUAUUAUAACUGUUCAGAAAAAAGGUCAACUUGGUGAAAGACUUCCUAAAAAUAUUGUAAAUAUUUUAACAAUAUUAGCAAAAUUAUCAUUUACAUACAUUCCAUUACAUUUAAAAGAAGGUACUCAGGAAUAUGAAGAAGCUCCACCAUUAAGUUUAGCUUAUAGAACAUCAGCAAAACUUCAAAGAGAUUUAUCAAGUUUAAAUAAACUAUUUGAUGAUAAUUCAUUAUUUAACAAAAGUCAAUGUAGUGAUACAAAAAUUGGAAGUGUUGAAAAAUUAAAUCUUGAUAAAAUAUCAGAUGAAAGAAUAAUUGACAAAUUAAAUAAAAACUUUGAUAAUCAUUUAACUACUUUUGAAGAAAUAUCAAAAUCAACAACAAUGCCAAUGAUAAAUAGAAGAAUAUCACAACAAUGUUUUAAUACCAUUUAUGUUCCAUAUGCUGAAAGUGAGAUUACUACAGAAAGAAGUACUACAGAUAGUGUAUCUACACCAAAAUUAAAUAGAGAUAAAAGAGAAAAUUUUUCUACAUAUGAUGCUGAAAAUUUAGAAAUAUUUAAUAAAAAUCUUAAAAUAAGUCGUCGAUUAGCAAUAAAAGAGUAUGAAUGGUUCGCAACUGUAUUAGAAAGGCUUUGUUUUAUUACUUUUGUUUCAUGCUUCUUUAUAUUAACCAUUGGUCUCAAUGCCGUUGGGUAUUACUUCUGGAACAAAGAAUAUCAUGAUAUUUUAAAUAGUGGUAAUUAUACAAAAAACAUAUAA